GUAGCGUUGCGUGAAUGGUAUAAAAAGUUUCCGCGUGGCAGAAUUCGACCCGCUUGGCUGCAGCCACCUCAUCCGUCCGCAGGAACUUCUGGGAGAGGCGGAGACGAUCCCCCGAAACGACACCAUGACCCACCAGUUUCCAACUCUCUCUCCGGAGCAGAAAAAGGCACUCUCUGACACAGCUCAGCGGAUUGUAGCUACCGGCAAAGGAAUCUUAGCAGCAGAUGAAUCUGUAGGGACAAUGGGUAACAGGCUGCAACGCAUCAACGUGGAGAAUACGGAAGAGAACCGCCGUCAGUUCCGUGAUAUUCUCUUCUCUUCUGACCCCUCCAUCAACCAACAGAUUGGGGGAGUUAUUUUUUUCCAUGAGACUCUCUAUCAAAAGGACAACACCGGAAAACUCUUCCCAGCUGUCAUUAAGGGCAAGGGCAUAGUGGUUGGAAUCAAGCUGGAUAAAGGCAUGGCUCCAUUGGCAGGAACUAACCAUGAAACCAGCAUUCAAGGUCUGGAUGGGCUUGCUGAGCGCUGUGCCCAGUAUAAGAAAGAUGGAGCAGAUUUUGGCAAGUGGCGUGCUGUGCUGAAAAUUACAGAUACAACUCCCUCUACUCUUGCCAUCCAGGAGAACGCUAACACUUUGGCACGCUAUGCUAGUAUCUGCCAACAGCAUGGCUUAGUUCCUAUUGUGGAACCUGAGAUCCUGCCUGAUGGAGACCAUGACCUCCAGCAUUGUCAGUAUGUGACUGAAAAGGUGCUGGCGGCUGUUUAUAAGGCCCUGAAUGACCACCAUGUCUAUUUGGAGGGAACGCUGCUGAAGCCCAACAUGGUGACAGCUGGACAGGCUUGUCCCAAGAAAUACACCCCACAGGACAUAGCCAUGGCCACUGUCACAGCUCUCCUUCGGACAGUCCCAGCAGCUGUUCCAGGAAUUUGCUUCCUUUCUGGAGGCCAAAGUGAAGAGGAGGCAUCCAUUAACCUCAAUGCUAUCAAUCAGUGUCCACUGCCUAAACCCUGGAAGCUGACAUUCUCAUAUGGACGAGCUUUGCAAGCAUCAGCUCUAGCUGCCUGGUCUGGGAAGCCUGAGAAUAAGAAGGCCGCCCAAGAGGCCUUCAUCAAACGGGCAAAGAUUAAUGGCUUAGCUUGCAAAGGCCAGUACGUCACAUCUGAAAAGAGCAGUGGAGCAGCCACCCAAUCACUUUUUAGUCCCAGUUACACAUACUAGUUCAUAAAACAUUGCUGUCAAGUCACCCUUUCUUACAGUCAACAAAAGGCUAAAAGAGAAAACAUCACGCAAUAUAUCCCUAGUAGUCCAGCAAGUGGAUGGAUUGGACUGAAAGGCAUCAUGGCAUGUUGCAAAUCCUUUGGCACCAUGCAAAUUAAUUUAAACAUGUUUAUACAUUCAUAAGGAACUGGACAGAUUUUAAGAAUUUAAUCUCUCACUCUUUGGAUCACUGUCUUUUUAUGACUACCUAAGUGCAGCCCCUGUCCUAUUAUUAUCAAAGGGGGAAAAGGUGAAUAAAAUGGUCAUGUUGAACAACAGUCAAGAACGAGGAAACAGUGCCUUUUUCAGUCUAUAAACUGAACAAAUGUCCUGCCACUGUGAAAAGAUUAAAUGCCUGUGAAACUUUG